GCUGCUGAGGCCCAUCCAUCAAAUAUUGAAACAGCAGUAGAGAUGGACAACAUGCAGUCUUCUUUGAGUCCCACUACCAAUGUGGAAAACACUGGAGACGACUGUGUCAGACUCAAAGAGGUAGUGAGGGAGAGGGCCCAACGUGGGACUGGACAGCUACUUUCUGGCAUAAUCUGCAUCAACAUCCUGUUCCUGGGCUGUGCUAUAGUCAGUGGAAGUGCCUUUAAGAGUGUGACCAUCACUGCUGUGCAGCGACAAAUCUUCCUCAUCAUCCUCCUCCUCCUCACAAUGUUAUGGAUGCUGUUUUACAUAGUCUGCACCUACAGAACGGAUCAGUCUCCGCAGUCCAAAGAUAGCCAUGCAGCUCCUGUGUGGCUCAGAGCUGGACUAGUGUUGUUCGGGCUGCUCAGUUUACUCAUGGACGUCUUUAAGAUUUGCACCAGUGUGGGCUACCUUCACUGUGACUCUGCUGUUAAAGUUGCCUUUCCAGUUGUGCAAGCUGUAUUUUUGUUUGUCCAGACAUACUUCUUCAUCGGUCAUGCAAAGGACUGUGUACAGCUUCAAACAACAAUUUCUCGUUGUGGCCUUGCAGUAACACUUUCAACUAAUCUGAUGGUGUGGAUCGCAGCAGUGACUGAGGAAUCAAUUCAUCAUACUGAGGUUCCUGAAAUAAAUAUUAGUGUCUCAUACAGGAAGUACAUAGCCAGCCAGAGCUCUCACAAGGAAUGUAAAUGCAAUCUGUCAGCUUGUGAGACUUUCAAAGAGGCCUAUUGCUUCCUGUACCCCUUUAACAUAGAAUACAGCCUCUUUGCUUCUGCUAUGGCAUACGUCAUGUGGAAAAAUGUUGGUCGACGUGCUAAGACCCACAGCCACCACAGUGCUAAAUUUCAUGUAAAAGAUGUGUGUUUGGGACCUCUGAUGGGAACAGGGCUUGUGCUUGCAGGGCUUGUAACAUUUAUACUUUAUGAAGUGGACAUAGAAAAGGACAUUAAGAGGAGAAACACAGCUCUGUUCGUUCACUUUGUAAUGAAUAUAGUGAUAGUGAGCCUGAUGUCUGCGUUCAGUGUGGUUGGGUGUGUUAUUUAUAGGCUAGACCGCAAGAAAGCUGUGUCUGAAAACAACCCCUCAAAAAGGCUGGAUGUAGGACUGCUGUUGGGAUCCUCACUGGGUCAGUUCUUCAUCAGCUACUUCACUAUUGUGGCUGUAGUGGCAACUGGAGCUAGAGGCGUGCUCAAUGGCUUAAACCUAGCCUGGGGUGUGCUGAUGGUGCUCCAGAUCAGCUUGCAGAACUACUUCAUCAUUCAGGGUUUGGAUCAGGAGCAACAUGAAGCAAUGCCGCUAACAAACGCUGAUACCCCCCAGGAACAUGCAGAGAUAAAUGUUGUUGAAGUUGGCAGCUGCACCAACUAUUCCCCAAAAUCAAAUCUGCACAAACACUGGAAAAGAAGAGUGCUGAAAGAAAUCUGUGCCUUUUUGUUGCUAGCUAAUAUAAUCCUCUGGAUCAUGCCUGCUUUUGGUGCUCGUCCACAGUUUGAGCAAAACACUGAGAUAAAAUUCUACAAAUUUACCAUGUGGGCCAGUAUUGUGAAUAUUGGACUUCCUUUUGCCAUUUUUUACCGAAUGCACGCAGUUGUGAGUCUCUUUGAAGUGUACCUAAUCUCUUAA